UAAGGCAGAGGAGUAAAGCGGAAAAGCACUAAAGAUGUACAACAAUAUUUUAUCUAUAAAAAACCCUCAUAAACCAGUUGCUUACUUCCUACUUGAACAUUAUCAAAAAAAAAUAUUCAAAAUUAAUAAUGUCUCUAGAAGUAGCAUCAACCGUUGUAAGGUUAACGCGCUCAUCCUCUUUUACACAUUCACAUCCUAAAGCACUUAAGCCUUUUGAUUCUGGUGAAAUAAAAAUUUUGUUGCUCGAAAAUGUGAACCAGAGGGGUAUAUCUCUUUUAGAAAAAGAAGGAUAUCAGGUUGAAUCAAUCAAAAAAGCACUUCCAGAAGAUGUUCUUAUUGAAAAAAUCCGUGAUGUUCACGCGAUUGGUAUUCGUUCUAAAACUAAGCUCACUAAAAAAGUUAUCCAGGAAGCUAAAAAACUCUUGGUGAUUGGAUGCUUCUGUAUUGGAACUAAUCAAGUUGAUCUUGAAGCUGCUGCCAAUCGAGGUAUUGCAGUAUUCAAUUCUCCAUUCAGCAACAGUAGAAGUGUUGCAGAAUUAAUUAUUGCUGAGAUUAUUUCAUUGUCUAGACAAUUGGGUGAUCGAAACAUAGAAUUACAUCAAGGGAACUGGAAUAAAGUUUCUUCCCAAUGCUAUGAAAUUCGUGGAAAGACUCUUGGUAUCGUAGGUUAUGGUCAUAUUGGAUCGCAAUUAUCGGUUCUUGCUGAAGCUAUGGGAAUGACAGUAUUUUUCCAUGAUAUUAUUCAGCUGAUGCCUAUGGGGACAGCUAAACAGGUCAAUACGUUGUAUGAACUUUUAGAACGUUCAGAUUUUGUGUCUUUACACGUUCCUGAAACAGAAGAAACUAAAAAUAUGAUUGGAGAGGAAGAGAUUGCGCGUAUGAAAAAAGGAAGCUAUCUAAUAAAUGCUUCUCGUGGCACAAUUGUCCAGAUUCCUCCAUUGAUCAAAGCUUUACAGAAUGGUCAUUUGCUGGGUGCUGCAAUAGAUGUAUUUCCAAAGGAACCGGCAUCAAAUGGCCAAUUUUAUAAUAAUGAAUUGAACUCUUGGACAUCUGACCUUUUGGCUUGUAAAAAUGUGAUCUUAACGCCACAUAUUGGUGGAUCAACUGAGGAGGCGCAGUAUAUGAUUGGUGCUGAAGUAGGGGCUGCAAUAAUAAAGUAUAUUAACUGUGGUACUUCAAUUGGCGCUGUCAACUUUCCGGAAAUUGAUCUUCGUGCUAUUCAAGAUACAGAUAAAACGAUUCGUUUACUUUUUUGCCAUUACAAUGUGCCUGGUGUACUUAGGGAAAUCAAUGAAAUUCUUUCCGAUCACAAUGUUGAUAAACAAUAUUCAGAUUCACGAGGUAAUAUUGCUUACAUGAUGGCUGAUAUUUCUAAUGUAGACGAUCAAGAUAUUAGAAAAAUUUAUGAAACCGUGAGUUCAAAUAGAGCGAACAUAUCGACUCGAAUUGUAUAUUAAAUAUUUAAAUAUUUUAAAUAUCUCUAAUGUCUUUUAAUUACUGUGUGAUCUGAUGAUAUUCAAGUUUUACUUUUAGCAUACAAUAUAUAUGAUAUUGAUUUAACAAAUUUAACAAACUUAGUAUUAUAUUGGCUAUCU